ACUGGAAGUUAAAUUGUGCUGCAUAUAAAAAAAUGGGCGGAUUGGUCUGUAGAUGAGAGCUUGGUACCACCUUCCUUUCUAAAAUAAAAUCUCUCUGGCAUGAAGUCACAGCCUAUUUCACAUCCGGUUUACCCUGGGACGUAUUACUACAGUCUUGGUAAAGAGAAACCUUUUGUUGUAUAGCUGUGGUCGGAAUACUGGGAAAAGAAAUUUGUGUGUUAAGUCUUUAACACCAAAGCACCAGUAGAAUCCAUGAUGGCAGAGACCGAAUGACUGAAACAGAGCCGGGGAACGCAGCACAUCCUCAGCCUCUCCGAAGGCUCCUUACCUUCAAGCUGCCUCCGUUUCUUGAGCGAUUUUCUCUGACAGACUUUUUCAGUGAUUCUGCGAACCUGUGCCCAGAAGGGCUCUAGCUUUCAGUAUCCAACAUGAAGAGCAUUCUAGCUCUUUGUGACUGUCUUUGGGCCUGGACCCUGCUUUUGACUACACUACCUGGAAGAAGCUAUGGACAAACUUCAUUACAAGAUGAAAUUAAAGACAACACUACAGUGUUUACUAGGAUACUGGAUCGUCUGCUGGAUGGCUAUGAUAAUCGCCUGAGACCAGGUUUAGGAGAGCGUGUAACUGAAGUGAAGACUGACAUCUUCGUCACCAGCUUUGGACCUGUUUCCGACCAUGAUAUGGAAUACACAAUAGAUGUAUUUUUCCGUCAAAGUUGGAGAGAUGAGAGAUUAAAAUUCAAAGGACCCAUGACAGUCCUCCGGCUAAAUAAUUUAAUGGCCAGCAAGAUCUGGACACCUGAUACUUUCUUCCACAAUGGAAAGAAAUCAGUGGCUCACAACAUGACGAUGCCUAACAAACUACUACGAAUUACAGAGGAUGGGACACUGCUGUAUACAAUGAGAUUGACUGUGAGAGCAGAAUGUCCAAUGCAUUUAGAAGACUUUCCAAUGGAUGCACAUGCUUGCCCAUUGAAAUUUGGAAGCUAUGCCUAUACCAGAGCAGAGGUUGUGUAUGAAUGGACAAGAGAACCAGCAAGGUCUGUGGUUGUAGCAGAAGAUGGCUCACGAUUGAACCAAUAUGAUCUUUUGGGACAAACUGUGGACUCUGGAAUUGUUCAGUCUAGUACAGGGGAGUAUGUUGUUAUGACUACCCACUUCCAUUUGAAGAGAAAGAUAGGUUACUUUGUCAUUCAGACAUAUCUGCCAUGCAUCAUGACAGUGAUACUGUCCCAGGUUUCCUUCUGGCUUAACAGAGAAUCUGUUCCAGCAAGAACUGUAUUUGGUGUUACAACUGUCCUCACAAUGACCACUUUGAGCAUCAGUGCAAGAAAUUCCCUUCCAAAGGUGGCCUAUGCCACUGCUAUGGAUUGGUUCAUAGCAGUGUGCUAUGCAUUUGUGUUUUCAGCACUCAUUGAAUUUGCAACAGUGAACUACUUCACAAAGAGAGGUUAUGCAUGGGAUGGCAAAAGUGUUGUUCCUGAAAAGCCAAAGAAACUGAAGGAUCCUCUCAUUAAGAAAAAUAACACAUACACAGCAGCAGCAACAAGCUAUACCCCUAAUAUUGCCAGAGACCCUGGACUGGCUACCAUUGCUAAAAGUGCAACAAUAGAGCCCAAAGAAGUUAAACCAGAAACAAAACCAGCAGAACCCAAGAAAACUUUUAACAGUGUCAGCAAAAUUGAUCGACUAUCAAGAAUAGCUUUUCCACUGCUUUUUGGAAUCUUUAAUUUAGUCUACUGGGCAACUUACUUAAACAGGGAACCCCAGCUGAAAGCCCCAACUCCACAUCAAUAAUCCUGUUAACUCAUGUAAUUUUGUUUAGUCUUUUGCACUGGGAAUUGCUUUCUGUUUGAUGCACAGUAAUUCCCAUUUGUUUCAUUGCCUCUGUCUUAAAGAAAAUGAAGGUUUCUUUAUUUUAAAAAGUAUAUUUAAAAAAGUAAUCCUGUAUACUAAGGCCAUAACAAUGUACACACCUGGGAACCAUGAUUCUGAAGAAGGGAGAGGAAAAGUUUAGUAAUGAAAACAAAUUCUAAAUCAUUUGUAGAUAGCUUAUUACUGAAUGUCCCAACAAAGAUACUGUACAUUUUCAUGAAAUAUUUUAUGCAAAAUGACUUUGGGGGAAAUACGAUGUUCGUGUAGCACAUUCUGUAGUGUGCUUGCCAUUUAUAGAGCACUGUUUAUGUGGUAGUUUUUUUCAAGGUUGUAAAGCUUUGAAUUUUGUCAAAUUCCAUAAGAUACAUUGUAUUUCCAGCUCUUUCUCUCCUCCUCCCCAAUCUCCAGUUACUGGUCUAAUAAUAUUAGAUGUUCUUAAAGACAGGAAAAUCUGCAUACUUUUGGGGCAGUUUAUCACUGUACAGCACCUAUGAUUCAGUGGCAAUGAAUGCUUUAAUUUGCUGUCUUCAGGCAGUCUUGGUCUAAGCAUUAAUUUGUCACUAGACUAAACAUGAAAUCAGUUGCACAAUUAAGAAUAGAAUUCAAAUGCCCUUUACCCCCAUGUAAUCAAACCAACACCUGGAUGCUUUUACAGGUAGCUUUUAUUUAUAAUAUGUUUUAGAAAGAAAAAAUGUUUUGCAAGCUCUAGAUAUGUUGAAUGUAUUCUUUUAUAAAACAGUACAUUAAAAAGCUUUAGAUUAAAAUUUAUGGAUAGCAAAAAGAAAAAUAUAGUAUUUAAAUAAUAUAUGUAAAUAUGCAGCAUGAGAUUGUACUUUUUUACUUUUUUAAAGUUGUGUUCUUAAAAUAUUGUGUAGAGUUCAUCUAUUUUAGCUCUUAAUAUGUUGUUAAAUGGUAAAGGAAACAUAUUUAGAGCCUGCAUUAAAAAAGUCAGUAGUCCUGGAAAGGGAAAGAAAGAAAGAAAGAAAGAAAGAAAGAAAGAAAGAAAGAAAGAAAGAAAGAAAGAAAGAAAGAAAGAAAGAAAGAAAGAGAAAAUUUGUAAAGUGGCUAAGUGUACAGUCGUUUGCAAUUUGAUAAUGCCAUCCAAUGUAUACUAUUAGAUAAAUGACUGGUCUGCUCAGGUCAUGCAUAAAUACUAAAAAAUGGGGUAUAUUUAGUAGGAAAAACUGGUAAAAUACUUGUUAAGACACAAAAAUCGUCUGUAUAUUACUGCUAUAUUUGCUGACACAUAACUGUUACAAUAAGUGAUGUAAUAUAUGUAGCAUUCAAUACAAAAUCAUACACAAAAGAAUGUACAGGAAAAUAGAUUUUAUUGGAUAAACUUACUACAUUUCAUUUUUACUGUAGCAAUAUAUUUGUAGGAACAAUAUGUAAGGGCUUUAAAUACAAGAUGUCCAUUUUGCAGGUAUGGUAUUACCUUUAAAACAAUUCUAGUAAAUUUCAUUACUACUGAAAACUUCUUAGAAGUAUAAAUUUCAGAUAAGGAUUUUUCAGAGAAAUUGAGAGAUUGAUGGAUUUUUGCCAGUAUUACUUCAGAAUCCACAAAACAUUAUAUUAAGUUAAUUUAAAAACAAUGCCACAUGAACCUUCAGCAAAAUAGUUAAUUAGACAGUCAAGUUUCAUAGUUACAUUUUAGGCAAUGUUUUUUAAACUCUUUCUCAAUAAUUCAAGAGGUUACAAUUCACAGUCUAUAAAAACAAAUCAUUGGAGUUUUCUUUAGAAAAAACCAAAAACUAUUUUUCAUUGUCAAACAUUUAAUCCUGUCUAAAUUUGAUGAGCUAAUUUGAUUGGAGUUUAUUAAAGCGGAUGUUUCAUCUUCUGGUUCAUGUGUAGACAUAUGUAUAGAAAAAAAUAAAAUAUGGCUCUUUAACUUCUGUGUACUUGUUUAUCUUGUUAUUUUGGCGUUAAUCUAGUGUGUUCAGUUAGGGUGUUUUACCUUCCAAGCUAUACCUUUUGGUCUGCAUUUUGCACAUUAGAUGUGAAUAUUACUUAAUUAGUCUGCUUUUUGCUAUGCAAUGACUGCAUAAUAUCACCUCUUAGUUUAUUAGUCUAUGUGAAUAGUAUACUGUAUAAAUUUGAUUGCACAGUUUAUCAAAUACAAAGUAUUCGCUAUGUAGCUUUUUUACAGUGCUUUGCUAAACCAUGUAAUAAUAGUAAGUCUUCCUUGAAAAUAAUGAUACACUCUUAUAGAGGACAGUUUCUGUUUACUCCUGGGAUAAUUUUAAAAAGAUGACAUUGAAUGUUUAUUGCACAUCAGUGCAGUAAUGUGGCAAUAAAAUCUAAAUCUAAUAGAGGUUGUUUAUGGCAGAAGCAUGUAUUUGCUUUACAGAGUUUAGCAAAAGCUCCUUAUUUUAUGUCACACUGUAACUCUAUUACAAUA